UAAAAUACUAAAACCCAAUUGCCCAAUUUCACUCAAAUUUGUAUAUUUAUACUAAGAAUCUUUCAGUUUUGAUUGCUUAACUAUCUGGUUCUAUCAAAAUUUGGGGUUUUUAUCUGUCUUCUUUCUUCUCCAUUACAUCAGGUGCAAACUUUAACUACAGCUCGAUGACAAACUAGUUGGAGUCAGCUAUUUGAAUCAUUUAUAUCCAUUGUGCUCUACUUGGGCCUAUCCCAUUCCAAGUUGAAGUGUAAUUGAUAAACAAUCUCUGCAAGGAUUGCCAUGAACUCGAUGAAUGGCAACGAUGAUGUACCAGAAACAGCAACACUUAAAAUCAAGGCCUUCUUUGAGUCAGCUCCACCACUAAAAGAUGCUGCUGAAAUAGAAACAAAAUUGAAGGAAUUUGUUGACCGGAAUUCUUCAUCAUCAGAAAAUGGAAAAAUAAACAGGGUGGUGUGUGUGACUUCCGGUGGUACAACUGUUCCUUUGGAGAAGCGAUGUGUUCGUUAUAUUGACAACUUUAGCUCUGGUCAUAGAGGAGCAGCUUCCACAGAGUACUUUCUGAAGGCUGGUUAUUCUGUCAUCUUUCUUUACCGUAGGGGAACUUGCCAGCCAUUUUGCAGAUCGCUGCCUGAUGAUCCAUUGCUCGAGUGUUUUACUUCAACUGAUCAUUCAAGUAUUCAAGUGGACCCAUCGCAUGCUGAAGUGGUGAAGAGAGCCAUUUCUGAAAAUCGUUCUGCAGUUAACGGGGGCUUCUUGUUGAAAUUACCGUUUACAACAAUUUUUGAGUAUUUGCAGAUUCUUCGGCUGAUUGCUGUCUCUUUAAGGAGCCGUGGGCCUAGUGCUAUGUUCUAUCUUGCAGCUGCAGUUUCUGACUUCUAUGUACCAUGGGAGAGCAUGACGGUGCAUAAGAUCCAGUCAGGAUCUGGUCCUUUGGACAUGCGGCUUGCUCAAGUACCAAAAAUGCUUUAUGUGCUCAGAAAUGAGUGGGCACCUGUGGCCUUCUGUAUAUCCUUCAAGCUGGAGACAGAUACAGAUAUCCUUUUAGGAAAGGCUGAUAUGGCCCUCAAAAAGUACAAGAUGCAUAUGGUGGUAGCUAAUGAACUUUCAACCCGUAAAGAGGAAGUUAUAGUUGUCACGGAGCAGGAAAAAAUCACAGUUCGUCGGGACAAAACUCAGGCUGGUGCUGAUGUUGAGAAUCCAUUGAUUAAGCUUGUUGUGGAUAGGCAUUGGUCAUACAUCAAGCAUCCUGAUGCAUGAUCUCUAAGGACUGACCAAUGAUAUAUCGCGGAUCACUGGAAUCUGACUUCUUUUCAAGGAGAUUGUAGUACAUCCGUGCAACAGUUUUGUAACCAGCUGUUUAAAAAGAGAGAUAUCUUUCCACCCAACCACCACAGGCUCUCUUGAAAGAAGAAAAAGAACAAGGGGUGCCUUUUAUUCCAAUUGUGCAGUUUUUUUUUCUUUGUUAAAGAAUAAAUUUCGUCAAAGAAAAAGAAGCUGUUCUACUGGAUUUAUUAGCAAAAUAUGUUCUUCAAUUUUGGCUAAAUUCUUCCCAUUUAGAAGUCAGCAGCACCAUAUUACUCCCUUUUCUCAGGGCAUGAUGUACUUCUAUAUGAUAGAUGUUUAUUACUGUGUUGUUAGCCUCUGAAUCAUACAGCUAAUGCGGUAAUCUGAACCACCCUUUAACUC